GUGUUGAACACGUGCCAAGGCUCCUGGGCAGCUCGGUUCAGGGCGUAGGGUGGGUGGUAGGGCGAGGCAUGAGGAAAGUCAAUCGUGGCGUUGGUGCUUUAUUCAGGAAGGGUUUGGAGCAGAAUGGUGACACGGUCGGAUCUGUGUAUAAGAAAGAUUAGUUUGGCACCGCCAGGGAAGAGGAAUUAGAAAUUGGGAGACCGGUUAGGAAGCUGUUGCAUUAGGCCAGCUAUGUAGCAGUGAGGGCCUGAACUAGGGUGGUGUCGGUGGAAACAGAAAGAGGGAAUGAAUUCGAGAUGUGGGCUCAGAAUCGGUGUUGGAUCAGGGAAGUGGUCGGCCGGGCCGGCUCAGAGCAAGCCCGUCCCCGGUCAGUGUAGCCCUGCCAUCUGGGGUGUGUGUUUGGCAGCAUAAUAUCCUCUUUGUAGAGACUUUGGAUUGGGGGGGGAGAGGGGGACAGUUGUUAAAUGAGAAUAAAACUUUCUCUUUUUCCAUGUACUAAAAAUUCUGUCUUGUGGCUGGGUCUGUUUUUAGAUUCUCUUUGUCUCGCAGAUAAUUCUCGAUUAAUGAGAUAACAUGGCCACCGGAGGAGGUCCUUUUGAAGAAGGCAGGAAUGGUCAAGAUUUGCCAAGCUGGAGUAAUGAGAGCGUGGACGACCGGCUGAACAACAUGGAUUGGGGUGGCCAACAAAAGAAAGCAAACAGAUCAGCAGAGAAAAACAAGAAGAAAUUUGGUGUCGAGAGUGAAAAGAGGGUAAUGAAUGACAUUUCCCCUGAGUCGUCCCCAGGAGUUGGACGGAGAAGGACUAGGACCCCUCACACCUUUCCUCACAGCAGAUACAUGACGCAGAUGUCCGCUCCCGAGCAGGCAGAAUUGGAGAAGCUGAAGCAGCGGAUACAUUUCAGCGACUUAGAUCAGAGGAGCAUUGGAAGUGAUUCUCAAGGCCGAGCAACAGCUGCUAACAACAAACGCCAGCUUUCGGAAAACAGAAAGCCGUACAACUUUUUGUCGAUGCAGAUUAAUACAAACAAAAGCAAGGAUGUUGGGACAGGUCUUCAAACGAGGGAGACGACUGGGUCGUCUCAGUGUAAGGAGUUGUUUGCAUCUGCUUUGAGUAAAGAUCUUUUACAAAACUGUCAAGUCUCUGAGGAAGAUGGGAGAGGAGAGCCUGCCAUGGACAGCAGCCAGAUUGUGAGCAGGCUGGUUCAGAUUCGGGACUAUAUUACCAAGGCUAGUUCCAUGCGGGAUGAUCUGGUAGAGAAAAAUGAGCGAUCUGCUAAUGUGGAGCGCCUCACACACCUUAUAGAGCACCUUAAAGAACAAGAAAAGUCCUACCUGAAAUUUCUGCAAAAGAUGCUUGCUAGAGAAAAUGAGGAGGAGGAUGUUCGGACUCUAGAUUCCGCUGUGGGAUCUGGUUCUGUAGCUGAGAGCACAUCGCUAAUCAUAGAUGUGCAGUCUGGGGCUUCAGACACCACGGAGGCAUCUUGUAGUCUGAGAAUUCGGCCGUGCAUUGAGGACAAACUAGGGGAUUCAGCUUCCCAAGAACAGGUUUCAGACAUUGACGUCCCUACAAGUCCAAAGGGCAAAGGUGACAGACCUGCUCAGAAUGACAGGGAAAUAUGGCCUAAUAGGAAGUAUAGCCAAGGACGUGGACUAUCCUCAAAGGCCAGAGAUGCUCAGCAUCAGCAGCCAAGGGAAGAGCUGGAAAACUUGAAGAAACAGCAUGAUUUGUUAAAAAGGAUGUUACAGCAACAGGAGGAGUUGAGAGCUUUACAAGGAAGGCAAGCCGCCCUCCUGGCUCUGCAGCACAAAGCUGAGCAAGCCAUCUCUGUGAUGGACGAUUCUGUUGUAACAGAAACCACAGGCAGCAUAUCUGGUAUUAGUAUCACGUCUGAGCUCAAUGAGGAACUGAACGACCUGAUCCAGCGUUUCCAUAAUCAACUGCACGACUCUCAGGCCCCAGCUGUUCCAGAUAAUAGGAGACAAGCAGAAAGCCUUUCAUUAACCAGGGAGGUGUCCCAGAGCAGGAAUUCGUCUGUCUCAGAACAGCUGUCUGAUGAGAAAGUUCAGCUUUUUAGCAAAAUGCGAGUGUUGCAAGAAAAGAAACAGAAAAUGGACAAAUUGCUUGGGGAACUUCACACACUUCGUGAUCAGCAUCUGAAUAAUUCUACUUUUUUGCCUUCGCCUUCCCCUCAGAGGAGUGUGGAUCAAAGGAGCACCGGUUCAGCGGCCUCUGCCCCAGUGGGCUUGGUCCCAGCUGCCAACGGAGAGUCCUCCAGUCAUGCCCCCUCGGCCGCUUAUCCCCCUGACGCAAUGACUUCUCAGAACGAGAGUGAGAAUGAAGAGCGUCUAAACCCGACAGAAAAGCUCCAAAAACUGAAUGAGGUUCGGAAGAGACUGAACGAAUUAAGGGAAUUAGUUCAUUAUUAUGAACAGACAUCAGAUAUGAUGACCGAUGCCGUGAAUGAGAACACUAAAGACCAAGAAGAGACGGAGGAGUCUGAAUACGACUCGGACCAGGAGAACCCAGGACCCGUUACCAAUAUCCGAAACCCCCAAGGUGCUGCAGGCUGGGCUGAAGUGAACAGUAACACGAAUGCGCAGUGCAUCGCCAACAACAGGGACGGGAGAACCCUCAACACAAACUGUGAGAUCAACAACAGAUCCGUCACAAACCUACGCACCCUGAACAUGUCCUCCUCUCUUGAUUGCCGGUAUAAUAGAGAGGGAGCACAAGAUACGGAUGGAGGCCAAGGUGAAGAUGAGGAGGAGGAGGACGGAGGCAGCGAGGCCUCAUUAUCCAGUCACCGGAGCAGCUUGGGGGACGAUGCCCCCGAGGAUGCUGACUUUGAACAGAAGGUCAGCAGGCUGAUGGCCGCCAAGCAGAAGCUGAGACAGCUACAGGAUCUGGUCACUAUGGUGCAGGAGGAUGAUGGCGAGCCUGGCGCUGUCUCAGCCAGCACGUCUAACUUGGGGGACUUUUUCCCGGCUGAGGAGGCGGAGGCCAAGCAGCACUCCAACAACUCGAGAGCCAACAGCAGUAAAGUGCAGGAGGCUGGGCUCAACGACAAGGCGAGAGAGAAGUUCUAUGAAGCCAAGUUGCAGCAGCAGCAGAAAGAGCUUCGACAGCUGCAGGAAGAAAGGAAGAUGUUGAUUGAGAUUCAAGAAAAAAUCCAGGCCCUCCAGAAGGCGUGUCCUGACCUCCAGCUUUCUCCUGCCAGUGUGAGUAACUGCUCCUCUAAGAAGUACGCGCAAGUGCUGACCUCGACGCCAGCUGUGAAUGAGCCCGAGAACAGCCCUGCUAACAAAGUGGGCUUUAUGGUAGAGGAACCCGCAGGGGCAGCGGCGGCAGAUAACGAGUUGUGGUCAGAAAUGCGAAGACAUGAGAUUUUAAGGGAAGAAUUGCGACAAAGAAGAAAGCAGCUGGAAGCCCUCAUGGCCGAGCACCAGCGGAGACGGGAUCUAACGGAGACAGCAUCCCCGGCCGCUGUGUCAGUCAGAAGUGACGGCUCUGAGAAUCCGCGAACGCCACAGCAGAGCAGAACAGAGAAAACAAUGGCAACAUGGGGAGGUUCUAGCCAGUGUGCCUUGGAUGAAGAAGGCGACGAAGACGGCUACCUUUCUGAUGGAGUUGUUCGAGCCGAAGAGGAGGAGGAGGAGGAGGAGCAAGACGCCAGCUCCAGUGAUCACUUUGCCAUGUAUCCUCCUAACAGUGUGACACAUAAUCCCUAUGGUGUCAAGGAGAACAAGGCUAGGUGGAAGGCCAGCCGUCCUCUCUCUGCAGAUGGAAAUUACCGUCCCCUCGCCAAGACGAGGCAACAGAACAUCAGCAUGCGGCGGCAGGAGAACCUGCGCUGGGUGUCGGAGCUCUCAUAUGUUGAGGAGAAGGAGCAGUGGCAGGAGCAGAUCAACCAACUCAAGAAGCAGCUGGACUUUAGCGUCAGCAUCUGCCAGACUCUGAUGCAGGAUCAGCAGACCCUCUCAUGUUUGCUGCAGACUCUGCUCACGGGGCCGUACAGCGUCAUGCCCAGUAAUGUGGCUUCUCCCCAAGUCCAUCUGAUCAUGCACCAAUUAAACCAGUGCUACACUCAGUUAACAUGGCAGCAGAGUAACGUUCAGAGGCUCAGACAGAUGCUGAGUGAGCUGAUGCGCCAGCGUGAGCACCAGCCCGAGAAGGCAGGCAGGAAGGAGCGUGGCAGCAGCGCACCACCACCACCCUCUCCAACUUUGUUCUGUCCCUUCAGCUUCCCUGCCCAGCCCAUGAGUCUCUUUAAUGUCCCUGGAUUUUCCCAUUUCUCUUCGCUUGCACCAGGUAUGAAUUUCAAUCCUUUAUUUGCAUCUAAUUUUGGAGAUUUUGCGCAGAAUAUCCCUACACCAAGUGAGCAGCAACAACCAGCCAAUCAGAAUAUUCCAGGAAAAACCGAGUAUGUGGCAUUUCCAAAACCCUUCGAAAGCAACUCCUCUAUUGGAGCUGAAAAGCAAAGAAAUCCAAAGCAGCCUGAAGAGGAAGUGGAACAUAGUCAACCGGAGUGGCUGUUUGAGCAAGGAAGUGGUCUGGAGAAGCCAUUCGUCAAGACUGGAUUUGCAGUGUCUGUGCAGAAAACAGCCCCCAAUGGUCACCCCCAUCAGCUCGAUGCGAGCCGGAGAAGACGCCAGUUUGACGAGGAGUCCUUGGAGAGCUUCAGCAGCAUGCCUGACCCUGUAGACCCAACCACGGUCACCAAAACAUUCAAAACUCGGAAGGCAUCUGCGCAGGCCAGCCUGGCCUCCAAAGACAAGACUCCCAAGUCCAAGACCAAGAAGAAGACUUCUGCGCAGCUAAAAGUGAGAGCUAAAAGCGCCGGGUAUGAAAGUGCCAGUAUGUCUAGUACGUGUGAGCCUUGCAAGAGUAGGAACAGGCACGCAGCCCAGACCGAGGAGCCUGUUCCAGCAAAAGUAUUCAGCAGAAAGAAUCAUGAGCAGCUGGAAAAAAUUAUAAAAUAUAGUCGAUCAACAGAGAUGUCCUCAGAAACUGGAAGUGAUUUUUCUAUGUUUGAAGCUUUGAGAGAUACUAUUUAUUCUGAAGUAGCGACGUUGAUUUCUCAGAAUGAAUCCCGCCCUCAUUUUCUCAUCGAGCUUUUCCAUGAACUCCAGCUCCUUAACACAGACUAUUUGAGACAGAGGGCACUAUAUGCGCUGCAGGACAUAGUCAACAGGCAUAUUUCUGAGACUAAUGAAAAAGGAGGUGAAAAUGCCAAAUCAGUGAAUUCUGCUACUUGGAUAGCCUCGAACUCAGAACUUACUCCCAGUGAAAGCCUUGCCACUACCGAUGAUGAAACUUUUGAGAAGAAUUUUGAAGGAGAAACCUGUAAAAUCAAUGAGCCGAAUGAUGUUGAUAAUGCCAGUACCUUGUCUGCAUCUUCAAAUUUCGAGCCCUUUGCAACGGAUGAUCUUGGCAACACCGUGAUCCACUUGGACCAAGCACUGGCUAGGAUGAGAGAGUAUGAGCGAAUGAAAAUUGAGGCCGGGAGUAACCUGAGCACAGAGAGUUCAGGGGCCGCCGCCACCGCUACCACCUCUGCCACCACCGCUUCCACCUUAGAAGAAUCUACAAAGCUGGAGGAUCUCGGGGUCCCACAAGCCCUUGGAGAGGGUGCUGCUGUGCCUUGUCCUCGGAUUGACACUCAGCAGCUGGACCGGCAAAUCAAAGCAAUUAUGAAGGAGGUCAUUCCUUUCCUGAAGGAGCACAUGGAUGAGGUGUGCUCGUCGCAGCUGCUGACCUCGGUGAGGCGGAUGGUUCUCACCCUCACACAGCGGAAUGAUGAGAGCAAGGAAUUUGUGAACUUCUUUCACAAGCAGCUGGGAAGCAUCCUGCAGGAUUCACUGGCCAAAUUUGCUGGUAGAAAGCUGAAGGACUGUGGCGAGGACCUUCUGGUGGAGAUCUCUGAGGUGUUGUUUAACGAGCUUGCUUUCUUCAAACUCAUGCAAGAUCUGGACAGUAACAGCGUCUCUGUAAAACCAAGAUGCAGAAGGAAGGUGGAGGCCGCCGGAGUGAUGCAGGCUUAUGCCAAAGAGGCAAAAAGAAUUCUCGAGGGAGACCUUGGCUCACCCACCGGAGAGAUGGAUGACGAAGAUAAGGACAAAGACGAGACAGAGACAGUGAAGCAGGCGCCUCCGCCGCCGCCCCAGGAAUACGAUGGUGGUGAGGCUCCUAAGAACGCGAGGUCCGAUGUGUCGGAUCAGGAAGAAGAUGAGGAGAGCGAAGGAUGCCCCAUGUCCAUUAAUCUGUCCAAAGCGGAAACCCAGGCAUUAACAAACUAUGGGAGCGGAGAGGAUGAGAAUGAAGACGAGGAGAUUGAGGAGUUUGAAGAGGGGCCUGUGGAUGUCCAGACGUCCCUCCAGGCUAACAACGAAGCGCCCGAGGAGAGUGAACAGGAUCAGGUUCUACAAAGUGAAUUUGAGAAGCCUGGGGAAAGCGAGGGCCUCCCACGUGAGCGGGAGCCUCCAAACGGCCAGAGCAGCCAUAAAGGUGACCAUGACUCUCCCGCCACGCCUUGCUACCUUAAUAUCUUGGACGAUGAGCAGCCCCUAAGCGACCCGCCCCCUCUGGGGUCCACUGUGACCGGCGGGGGGCCCCCGGAAGAGCCGAAGCCUUCUUUACCCAUCGCGGAGGCAGAAGCCUCCAUGCCCGGAAGCACCCAAGGAAAAUCUUCGUCCGAAACUCCCGAGAGCUCAGUGGCUGGAAGUCCUGACACCGAGUCGCCGGUGCUGGUGAACGAAUAUGAAGCAGGAUCUGGUCAUUUAAGUCAAAAGUCUGAUGAAGAAGACUUUGUCAAAGUGGAAGACUUGCCCCUGAAGCUGACCAUUUAUUCCGAGGCGGAUCUUAUGAGGAAGAUGGCAGCAGAGGGCCAGACUAACCAUUUGUCUGAGGAAAUAUUAGCCGUGACUCACCCUGAAGAGUUGGCCGGGGACCCUCAGACCCUGAAAGAGCCCGAGACCGUUGCAGCCCGAAGCGUGUGAGAGAUCUCCAGCUGCCUGCCUUCCCCUGCCCCUCCGCCGAUGCACAUCUUCCACGGGCACUAAAUAAACUGGUUUCCAUCUGUAUACAAAUGUAAAUUAGUUUCUGACCCACUGCCUUUAGAAUAGGUGACGCUCGCUUGCUUCCUCGCCCAGGCAGCCACACUUCGCAGACGAAUCCUCCCUAGAUUCGGGGCUUGCUGCACUGUUAUUUUUUAUUUUUUCAUUGUGAUUUGUUUAGUAACUUUAAACUUAAAGUGUAGUUUUAAAUAAAGUUUGGACUUGUCUGUAA